AUGUCCGCUCCGGACAAUCAAAAGCGCACCUUGUAUAGUCUGAUAACAUCAGAUCCUGGCCUGCCACGACCUUUCACAAAACCACCGUACUGGCUUCACAUGCCGUGCGCUCUCGCACAACACCAGUCCCCUAGCUUGCAUUCAACAGUCGAUGUUAUUGUGAUUGGCUCCGGAAUUACUGGCGCAAGUGUAGCACACACAUUGCUGGAGAGCGACCCUACCAUCAGUGUAACCCUGCUCGAGGCGCGUUCACUAUGUUCGGGUGCCACUGGUCGGAAUGGCGGCCACAUAGUCGCUUACGGAGGGGCCGAUUUUGCAAUAUUGAAGGAAGAGUUUGGAGUAGAGGAGGCCCUCAAGAUUAUUGAUUUUACCUUCAGCACCUUGGAUGAUUUAGUAGAGCUUGUGCGGCAGAAUGGCUGGGAGAAAGAUGUCGAAUACCGACCUGUUACUCGUGUUAAGACCUUUGGAGACGAGGACACUUUGCUGUCUACUAAAAAAAGUGUUGCGGAAUUUUCAGCCGAAAGACCGAUGAUGGACAAAGUGUACAGGUUUAUUGGUCCAGAAAAAGCAGCGAUGGACCACGGUAUUCAAGGAGCAACGGGUGCUUUAUUGUUCCCUGCUCAUGCCAUAUGGCCUUACAAACUUGUGAGCAAAGUUUUUGAGCGACUAGUCGGCCACUACCCAUCAAGAUUUUACUUGGAAACAAAUACCCCCGCGUUGUCCAUAGCGGUUGAUGAUACCUUUCCAAAGUCAACCCAUCCCUAUGUAGUGACAACUCCACGAGGCUCAAUUCAAACUACACAUGUUGUCCAUGCCACCAAUGGUUACGCGGGGCAUCUUAUACCCGAGCUUCGCGGUCGGUUAUAUCCUUAUCGAGGGUCAAUGACAGUCCAGAACUUCAAAAGCGAGAUCUCCAAUCAGGGUGACCGGUACACCUGGAGCCAUCACCAUAAGCCCCGCUACGACCCUGCGUCUGGCACCACUAUCCCCGGGACAUAUUACCUACAGCAAAAUGCUAAUUCGGGAUAUUUCUUCUUCGGCGGAGAGCGGACGACACCAGAUCAGAGUAUCAACACCGAUGAUACCCAGCCUGUCAAAAGCGCCACGAAGCAUCUAGAGUCAAAGCUCACAUCUCUGCUAGGACAAGACCCACAGUCACGUCAUACUGUCAGUGAAUGGGCAGGGGUUAUGGGGUAUACCGCUGAUAAACUUCCACUUGUUGGUCGCAUCCCUAGCACAGUGAGUGCUAGGCAUGAAGGGGAGUGGAUUUCAGCUGGAUUCAAUGGUAUGGGAAUGUGCUAUGCCUGGCGUGCAGGCAAAGGAGUGGCCAAGAUGAUCCUAGGCGAAGAUGUCAGUGGCUGGCUACCCAAGUCGUUCGUUUUAUCCGAAGAACGUCUCAAACACAGACUUGUCACCGAGGCUAGUUUACAGGAUCUCAAAGGGUAG